ACCUGCACAACCAUCCGGCACUUGUGACCGGCGAGACGACUUCGACCACGGCACGGAUCGUUCAGUACAGUGCGGCAGCUACACCAGUGCGAACACGGCACCCCCCGGUCCGGCAGCUGGCCCCGGCAUCAGCCACCGCAUCUGCCGGGUUGGCUGCCUCCCAUCGCGGCACAAUGAGCCAAGCAGUGUGCAAGUGCAGUUGUGCGUGUGCUGUGCGCAUUGUUUUCCGUUUCGGGAUGCGAGAAAUAGCAAAACGAGGCAAAACGUUUUACAGUGCGUCCUGAGAGCGUCGGUUGCAACGGCAAAGCGGUGCAGCGCAGUGCAGUGGCGCAAAGUGCAAUAAACUGAACGAUUCUGUCGAUCGGUCGGUCGGUCGGUCGGUGGUGUGUUGAGGCCAGAAUCGGUUCGGUCCGCGGUGAAUGUGCGAAGGUGAAUGUCACAACCCGUUCGUUACGGUGUUACGGUGCAACAAACAUACAAUUGUGUACACAAAUAAUCGUAACAGAUAAAGCAAAUUGUGCAGCUCGCCCUUGUGCGCGUGUUGUUGUGGGCUGUAGAAAGUGAUUGUGUGUGGGUGUGUGUGAGGUGUAGUUUUUGGGUGGGAGAGGAAAAAAAAACACAGCGCCAGGUUACUAUCGGCCCUGGUGGAGUGAACAUAAUCAAUCACAAGUGUGCGCGAGGCAGCGAACCGUUUGACAGUAUGGCCGACGACGAGAUUCUGUUCGACGACGUGUACGAGCUGUGCGAGGCGAUUGGAAGAGGUCCAUUUUCAAUAGUUCGACGAUGCAUCCAUCGGGAGUCGAACCAGCAAUUCGCGGUCAAGAUUGUGGACGUUGCCAAAUUUACAGCCAGUCCGGGUCUCAGCACAUCCGAUCUGAAGCGGGAGGCCACAAUAUGCCACAUGCUGAAACAUCCGCACAUCGUGGAGCUGCUGGAAACGUACAGCUCGGAAGGAAUGCUGUACAUGGUGUUCGAGUACAUGGAAGGAUCAGACAUUUGCUUUGAGGUGGUUCGUCGGGCCGUGGCAGGAUUUGUGUACAGUGAGGCAGUAGCGUGUCACUAUUUGCGGCAAAUUUUGGAGGCGUUACGGUACUGUCACGAGAACGACAUCAUUCAUCGGGAUGUACGGCCCGCCUGUGCCCUGUUGGCAACGGCAGACAACUCGGCACCUGUCAAACUCGGUGGAUUCGGUUCGGCUGUUCAGCUUCCCAAUGGACGCGAUUCGGUGGAGACGCAUGAAAGACUCGACCCCCAUCGUUCGUUUUUGAGUCCGAGAGGAAAGCUCUACCUGAAAACAGAUAGCGAGGGACGAGUCGGCUGCCCGCACUACAUGGCACCAGAGGUAGUAGCCCGACGGGUGUACGGCAAACCGUGUGACGUGUGGGGCGCUGGAGUGAUGCUGCACGUCCUGUUAUCCGGUCGUUUACCUUUCCACGGAUCCGGCAAGCGGCUACAGGAUGCCAUCGCACGCGGUCGUGUCACGCUCGAUACCCCGGAAUGGAAACAUAUAUCGAGCAAUGCGAAGGAUCUCGUUCUAAAGAUGCUUGCGCCCAAUCCCAUCAGUCGGCCGACCAUAACGGAAGUGCUGGAUCAUCCUUGGAUACGGGAUCGCGACAAACUGCAACGCAUUCAUCUGGGCGAUACGGUUGAGGAGUUGAAGCGGUACAAUGCACGCCGCAAGCUGAAAGCUGCCGUGCAAACGGUGGCGGGUGGCGUAGCGAUGGAUCCCCUCUGCUGUGCGGAUACCGACUCAAUGGCGAUUGGCGCUGCAUCGGAAAGCCUCAACGAGUGGGCCGACGAGGAGGCCGGCCUGGAGGCGAUCCAGAAAAUUCUUGACUCAUUAGACGAUAUCAUUGCUUUACAAGAUGCGAACUGCGAUCCAGAUAUGCUGGCCGGUAUGCUGCGCGACGUCAAGCUGCACGAAUUGCUGCAGUUGUUCGAUAGAAUCAGUAGUUCGGUUAUCAAUCCAUCACGGGCCCCACCGGGAGACGCCAUCAGCCGCUGUCGGGAUGCGAUCGAUGUCAUCUCAUCCACCGCGGGACACAAGUACGUGCGCGAAAAGUCGGAGCUUAUCAACCUGCUCGGAUCACCACACAUUCAGGCUCUAUUACACACGCAUGACGUGGUAGCUAGGGAAGUAUACGGCGAAGAAGCGCUUCGUGUAACGCCACCACCGAUCGCGCCCUACCUGAACGGCGGAAACGAUGAACUCGACAACGGCGAUGCCGGAGAGCUACAGCACGUCACGCGCGUCCGGCUGGUGCAGUUCCAGAAGAACACGGACGAACCGAUGGGUAUCACGCUGAAGAUGACCGAGGACGGCCGGUGCAUCGUGGCCCGGAUCAUGCACGGUGGCAUGAUUCACCGGCAGGCCACGCUGCACGUCGGCGACGAGAUACGGGAAAUCAACGGCCAGCCAGUGCAGCAUCAAACAGUCAGUCAAUUACAGCGAUUGCUGCGGGACGCGCGUGGUUCUGUUACUUUUAAAAUAGUUCCUUCAUAUAGAAGUGCCCCACCGCCGGUUGAGCUAUUCAGGAUAAGACCAGCACCGGUUUUAGUUGAUCAGAUUUUCGUACGAGCGCAGUUCGACUAUGACCCGCUGGACGACGAGCUGAUACCUUGUGCGCAGGCAGGGAUAGCUUUCCGUGUCGGUGAUAUUCUACAGAUUAUUAGCAAAGACGAUCAUCAUUGGUGGCAGGCCAGGCAUGAUGCGGCGGGAGGUUCAGCCGGAUUGAUACCCUCACCAGAGCUUCAGGAAUGGCGCAUCGCAUGCCAAUCGGCGGACAAAUCCCACAAAGAACAAGGAGAGGCAGGACCCGGUUGUUCUGCACAGGCCGAAGGAUGUGAAGGACCCACAGUAGUUAAUUGCUCAAUAUUUAGUCGUAAAAAGAAACAGUGUCGGGAUAAAUAUUUGGCGAAACACAAUGCGGUCUUCGAUCAGCUGGAUCUGGUAACGUACGAGGAGGUGGUCAAAGUGCCGAUCGGCGAUCCAGCGUUCCAAAGACGCACCCUGGUGUUGCUCGGAGCGCACGGCGUAGGACGACGUCAUAUCAAAAAUACGCUCAUCGCAAAAUAUCCGGAUAAAUACGCUUAUCCAAUACCACAUACCACCAGACCACCACGACCGGAUGAGGAGAAUGGGCGAAGCUACUACUUCAUAUCACACGAUGAGAUGAUGGCGGACAUUUCGGCCAACGAGUACCUCGAGUACGGUACGCACGAGGAUGCGAUGUACGGUACCAAGCUGGAGACGAUACGACGCAUCCACGCGGACGGCAAGAUGGCAAUACUGGACGUGGAACCGCAGGCCUUAAAAAUACUUCGAACAGCCGAAUUUACGCCGUACGUUGUGUUCAUCGCAGCGCCGCUGCUGCAAAACAUUGCCGACUACGACGGUAGUCUCGAGCGGCUCGCCAAAGAGUCCGACAUGCUGCGCCAGGCGUACGGUCACUUCUUCGAUCUGACCAUCGUCAACAACGACAUCGGCGAGACGAUAGCGACGCUGGAGAACGCUAUCGACAAGGUGCAUUCGACCGCCCAGUGGGUCCCGGUGUCCUGGCUGUACUGACAAGAUAGUGAGCUAGAAUGUCCCGCCUGUUUGGAGGAUGAGUGCGAUUGCGAAUGUGACUGCGAGCUGGAUCUGAAGUGAAACCGGAAACAGGGCGCAAAUUAAAAACAAAACAAACAAAAAACAAAACAAAACAAAGCUACACCGUUUCAAAGGCACAAACAACAAACUGCUACUGCUGGUGGGGGCACCGACCGGAAGGGUAUAUAUAAAUGGUACCAAACGACGGUUCAUAGUGUUUUAGUAACGAAUCAAAUCAAAUUGGCAACGGGAGCGGUUAUGGGUGGAAUCUGUGGACGGUGAAAGGCAGGGCAGGGGUUGAAUGUACAAAUCUUAGCUUUUCCCUUUUUUUUUGUUUCUUCAAACGCCCAUCGUUAGUUACGUUAUUCCAAAGAGCAUUUUUAUAGUAAAUAUCUAGUGGAACUGGUUCUUUAAUCUUUGUCUUUGAGGUAAGUGUUAUGUUUUUUUGUUAAUCGUUGUACACAUAUUCAUGAUGGGUUUUGUAAGGGAAAGCGAUAGUUUCAUUGUUCUUGUAGCAAAUUUUGAGACAGAAUUAACAACCUUGUGUUUAAUUUGCAACAACGUGAAAACCCCUCUACUUUGUUUUUGAUACGUUGUCAUGCGCGUUUCUACCCGACAGGUCGGUUCUCUAAGUCGGUACCCGACGCGGAAAGAAGAAGGAAAAAAAUAAAAGAAAAAACCAAACCAAAAAAAUUCAAACGAAGUGAUAGAAAACGGAAACAUUCACACACAACAACAAAAAAAAACAAACCACAAAAAAGCAAACAACAAAAUUACUGCAAAGGAGUAUAAUUAUAAAGAUAAUAAUUAAAGCGUACACGAAACAAACUAGAACUCUUUUUAAAAGAACUAACACAAGCAAGCAGAAUAAAUGUACUAGCAACCCUAAAACGCAAAAGAAAAAGGUGCGAAAGCAAACCAUCCCAAGUUACAAAAAUUCCCGUUAAACGCAAGCAAACAACAAACAAACCAACAAAAUCUAACAAAAACAAAUAAAUGCAAACGAUUACUGGAGCGCGCGAGUGAACAAAACAGAAUGAAGCGAAUAAACAAGCAAACGACAAAACCCGAAAAGGUGGAAAUAUUAGUUAGAUUUAAUCUUAACCAAAAUAAACUGAAAAUGAAAAAAAGGAAAAACAAAUGUUAACAUAAUUCAUAAUAAUUAUUAUAAUAACGCUAAAUAAUAAUAAUAAUAAUAAUAAUAAUAAUGAACGAAAUGAAAACAAAAAAAGAGGAAACUUAAAAUCAAGAGAACUGCAAUUCAAAGAAAGUUGAACACAAAAGCAGCAAGAACAACACAGGCAGGCUAGAAAACCCAAACGACAGUUUCGAGGUGAGAGGCGUAGUAAACUAACAAACGAAGUUAAAGAAAAAUACAUAGGUGAAAACUUAUUACGGUUUGAAAUUGGGUGUAGAGAAAGUAAACAAACAAACAAACAAAAAAAGCAGUAAUAUUUAACGAUGUGUUUUCGUGUGGAUUUUUCGUUUUUCGUUUUUCUAGCAAUUUGAACAUUGUUCUAUGAAAAUGGAACACGGAACAUCCCAGGGUGAUAGAGACCUGCGGAAAGAAAGCGAGAAAGAGAAAGAGAGGUGUUCCACUAGGGAUAUUCGAGCAAACGGGGGUUAAAUGUUAUUUCCAACAAUGGUAAAACAUGGUUGUAAUGGUAACAAACCGACAGAAAGAGCUAACGUAAUGAUGCCCAUACAUACACCUACAUACACAGUGGUUAAAAGAUGGGUAGCUCUUGCAAAGAAAUGCAAAACAAAACAAAAAACAAAAAAGAGUAGAAGCAGAUGAGAAGAAAACACUAGCAAUGGAAGAAGAGGCGGUAGUUUGUUGAAAUUCAUUCACUUGUCGAGAAAACCAUUGGGGGCUACAAAAAAUAAGAAAACGAACAUGGUUUUCACAUCUACGGAAACGGUUCCGAGUAAAAACAAACUUCCCAAACGAGUAGAAAACAUUUGUUAAUUGUGUGUACUUGAGGUUAGGGAACUGUUUUGUAAUUAUCUAGUGUAUUAAGUUUAUAUCAUCAUACUUACAUUUCCAUUGUUACAUAUGGUUUUACCUGUUCCAGAAAGAGAGAUACAGAGAGAGAGAGAGAGAGAGAGAGAGAGAGAGAGAGAGAGAGAGAGAAAUAGAAAGAAAGAGAGAGAGCGAAUGAGAGGGAUGAGCUUUCGUUUGUUAUUGUGCUUUUGUUUCAUCGAGUUGUGAUUUUGUUUGCUCUUUCCAAAGCUAAUUCAAGCUUCAAGUGUUGGAAAAUUAUUCACUAAAAUAGCAUACCGCGGACACAAAUGCCAAAUCGCCUUCGUCUGAUUUGUAAUGUGCAGCGAAGAUCGCUGAGGAAAAAGCACACAAACAACAACAACAACAAAACAACGCAAACAAUACAUGCAAAGAGAAGACGCACUUUGUUCUGAAAAAGUGAAGCUUUUCAAAACCUUCAACAGACAAACACCGGCACAAACACUAAUAGUAACACGUAGGAAACUACUGACACGGGGAGUAUGGAAAGCGUUAAAAAUGAAAUUUAAAACACUAUCCAACACCAACCAUUCUGCACCCGGAAUGUUUCGCUGCAUGGAUUCGGGCGUGAGUUGAAGCCGAGGAGCUUCUCUUUGGAAGCACUGUGUCGUUGUAUGUAGUGUAUGAUUUCGUAACUGUCUCUCGAAUCGGAAACAAAGCAUAAAGCACAACACCAUUACCAAGUUGAUGGAUAAGUGUGAAACAAUUAUCCAAACAUUUGCAUUACGCCACCACCACCCUCCAUCUAGUAACAUUAUCGCCGAACCUUAAGACAUAUGUUUGGAACGCUCACGUUAGAGUCAUUUUCAUGUUUUAGCAGACACGCAAACAUACCCACAUAUACACACUCUGACACAUACUAUGCAGUAUGGUUUGGCAAUACACACGCACACACUCACACAAUCGUACGCUACUACAGAGGAACGGGAAGAAAAUAGCAACCCGAACGUUCACAUGCGUAAUGCGAUGCAAAGAAACGUUUUGCUCCGGUAGAAACUUGAUGAAAAAUCAACCUAGGGCGGCAAAUGUGCACAAUCAGCCAAGAAUAUAGCUCUAUACUAGAGCCCAGUACCAUAAACACACAUACACA